CUAGCCGCGUUCUCUUCGCUCCCUCAGUAACUGAUUCAUCUUCGGUCCAUCAUCCAACAUUGAACUGAGUACAUCGCCAUGGAUCCCUUCCGCAUCACAUCGAAGAAAGUCCUGACCCUCAUCCUGGUCAUUGACAAGGACCUGCAAAAGAUCCUACUCGGAUACAAGAAGCGAGGCUUUGGCGCCCACCUCUGGAAUGGUUUCGGUGGUAAAGUCGAACCGGGCGAGACAAUUCAGCAAGGUGCCCUACGUGAGCUGGAAGAAGAAGCCGGUAUCACUGUCAGUCCUGAACGCUUCCAAAAGGCCGGCGUCCUCCUCUUCGUGUUUGAAAACGAUCCCGUCGGUCUAGAGGUGCAUGUCUAUAAGGCCUAUCAGUAUGAGGGCCAGAUCCGAGAAUGUGAAGAAAUGCGUCCGCAAUGGUUCAAUUUUGCGGAUAUUCCCUUUGACCAGAUGUGGGAAGAUGAUCGCAUCUGGCUUCCUAUACUUCUGGAGGGGCAAGACCCGUUCUAUGGCAGAAUGUAUUUUAAGCACAAGCCUCUCGAAGAAUCAACUGGAUUAGAACCCUCCACGGUUACCACGGCCACGACCACGACCGUGGCAGAUCCAGUCAUGGUCAACUCAACGACAUCUGCAGUCAGCUUGUCCGCAACCAUGGCCACCACAUCCUUCACGGCCACUCAGCCCAAGAGUGGACCCUUUGCUAUGUUCGAUUAUCAUCUGGAAAAGAAUCUUGCAGGCGUCCCUAGAGAGUUUGCUCUGGAUGGUACCAUCGCCUCUUUCGAGGAUUAAAGAGUAUGUAUAGCAUGUACCUUUCAUAAAAACAAUAAACGUUAUAGAUUAGAUAACAAAAGCGCCAAUGUUCAAAUGUCAAACUGAACUGAAAAGAAGUCGCUUUAAAAAAUAAAUAAAAUAAGCGAUCUAAGG